AUGUCUAACAAUCCGCUGGACCACACCCCGACAACCCCUCAACAGGGUUCCGGCGUUUCUAAUUUGCUGACAUAUUUCGGGCUAGUGGUGAAGUUACCUCUGGCGCUCAUCCGAUGGUCGUACCGAGAAAUAGCACCUGCAACUCUCCAUUCGUUUUCUGAUGGUUCAUGCUCCAAUCAGCAAGGCGCCGUUUCGAAUUCAGUCGACUCAGGCUCCUGCACCGUCCUGAGAAAAGGUCCUAACAUUGUUGUCCCUAACUCUGUAAAUUCGUCACUCGAUUCUUUGAAGCAAGUACCAACUGCCUCCACAAAUUUCCAGCGACAUGCUGUGAGAGGAUCUCAGUGCAAUUCGGCCCCUGAUCUCACCAGGCAAGUCGUUCGUCGCGAAAGAUACCCCACGUUGUCGGGUACGUACAGCGAUGUUUGGCGAUCAGUCUGGUGCCACGACAAGCAAAGAUGUGAUGUUGCGGUCAAGUCACUGAAAAUUCCAUUCUCCGAUGAAGAUGAGAAGAGGAAGAAACUGUCAACUCAGGGGCUGAUGGGUAAAAUAUCAUCUUGGGCACAAUUACAUCAUGAAAACGUCUUGCCACUAUAUGGGGUUGCGGACGGUUUCGGGUACUUUCCGUCACUGGUGACACCUUGGGUGAACCAGGGGACGUUGAGUGACUACAUCGCUACUAAUCAUCAUUUAUCACCGCGGAGCAAGUUGGAUCUCGCCAAACAGGUGGUGGCUGGCCUCGGCUAUCUACACGCUCAUUCUGUUGUACACGGAGACAUAACUGGAGUAAGGGGAGAGCGCAACUAUCUGACUUCGGGGUCGUGUUGUUGCUCGCGGAAAUUCCGACGCCGGUACAACCAGUCGGGAGGGAUUCGCUCAGCGGUGCGAUGGACUGAUCCUCAACUAUUCGAGACGGAGAAAAGCGAUAUCAAUCCAUGCAUCCCAACGGAGCAGACUGACAUCUAUUCAAUAGGCAGUAUCCUCCUACAGCUGUUCACGGAAUCAAUCCCUUACUACGAUAUCAAGGACAACAUUACUGUUAUUGUAUUAUCUUCGAGAGGCAUAAAGCCACGGUGUCCUCCAGAAACAUUUGUCACCAGUGCACAGUGGAAUCUUAUUCAACGAUGCUGGUUGCCUUGUGGUGGAUUACCUAGUCGUUCGACCAUCAGUGAAAUAGGAGAAUCUCUUGAGUCGGAGCUACAGCUGGCAGCUACAUUCAUUGUGCCAUUGUAUAAAUUCAGGGGAAAGCUCAGGGAACCACCAGGGAGUACUUACCACGAGAUCUAUAUCACCCGCGUAGUACGUACCGCCCGUGAUGCUAGGAUCAUUAUAGAAGGGAUGUCCAGGGAUUGA